UUUUUCUCUUUGUUUGCUUUUGUUCGUACGAAUCCCAAUAUAGGACCAAAGGAGACGAAGAAGAAGAAGAAGAAGCAGUCUCUGAAACUUCUUCUACUACAGAUCCGAAUCUUACUCUCUCUCACUAUUUGAAUGACCUUAUACGAUUUUUGCAUCUCUCUCUCUCUCUCUCUCUCUCUCUCUCUCUCUCUCGCUCGAUCUUGAUCUGUUUGUUUUUGUAUUCGUCUCUUCCAAAUCUCGAAGCUUAACUGAAUCUCUUUUUUUGAGUAAUCACUAAUACACAAAAGGCGAUGAGGGGGAGAUCAGAUGGAGGGAAGAAAAAGCCGGUGAUUGUUUUGGUCUGUGUUGCAGCGGUAGUACUUGUUUUUGUAUAUUUGUUCUUUGGGUCCUCUAACCAUGGGGCAUCAGCUAUUGAGUAUGGGAGGAAACUUGGGUUGAGUGGGGAUGACGAUGAUACCAAGAAGGAUGAGACUUCUAGCUCGUUUUAUGUAGAAGAUGGAGGCAAUGGUUUCACACCAAGAAGCUUUCCUGUGUGUGAUGAUCGGCACUCUGAGCUUAUUCCUUGCUUAGAUAGGAAUCUCAUAUACCAAAUGAGAUUGAAGCUGGACUUGUCUUUGAUGGAGCACUAUGAACGCCAUUGUCCUCCUCCUGAAAGGCGAUUUAACUGUUUGAUUCCUCCUCCUCCAGGAUAUAAGAUUCCAAUCAAAUGGCCGAAAAGCAGAGACGAAGUUUGGAAAGUGAAUAUUCCUCAUACUCACCUUGCACAUGAGAAGUCUGACCAAAACUGGAUGGUUGUCAAAGGAGAAAAAAUCAAUUUCCCUGGCGGAGGCACACAUUUUCACUAUGGUGCUGAUAAGUAUAUUGCAUCAAUGGCAAAUAUGCUUAAAUUUCCAAACAAUAUUUUGAACAAUGGGGGAAGGCUGAGGACAUUUCUUGAUGUUGGCUGUGGUGUUGCAAGUUUUGGAGGUUAUCUUCUUGCAUCAGAAAUUAUGACAAUGUCCUUGGCACCCAAUGAUGUUCAUCAGAACCAAAUCCAAUUUGCUCUUGAGAGAGGGAUUCCUGCAUACCUCGGCGUUCUAGGGACCAAGAGGCUCCCAUACCCAAGCAGAUCCUUUGAACUUGCUCACUGUUCGCGUUGCCGAAUCGAUUGGCUUCAAAGAGAUGGUAUUCUUCUUCUCGAGCUAGACAGGGUGCUAAGACCUGGUGGCUAUUUCGCAUAUUCAUCUCCAGAAGCGUAUGCACAAGAUGAAGAGGACCUCAGAAUAUGGAGAGAAAUGAGUGCUCUUGUGGGGCGUAUGUGUUGGACAAUAGCUGCCAAAAGGAAUCAAACUGUAAUUUGGCAAAAACCUUUGACAAACGAUUGUUAUUUGGAAAGAGAACCUGGAACCCAGCCUCCUCUUUGCAAUUCUGACAGUGACCCCGAUGCUGUGUAUGGUGUAAACAUGGAAGCCUGCAUUACUCAAUACAGUGACCAUGACCACAAAUCCAAGGGAAGUGCAUUGGCUCCAUGGCCUGCUCGAUUAACCUCUCCUCCUCCUCGGCUAGCUGAUUUUGGCUAUUCCACUGACAUGUUUGAGAAGGAUACGGAAACUUGGAGGCAGAGAGUAGAUACUUAUUGGGAUCUGUUGAGUCCAAAAAUUCAAUCAGACACUGUGAGGAACAUAAUGGACAUGAAAGCAAGCAUGGGUUCCUUUGCUGCUGCUCUGAAAGAAAAAGAUGUUUGGGUUAUGAAUGUUGUUCCUGAAAAUGGACCAAACACACUUAAACUAAUAUACGACAGAGGCCUGAUGGGAGCUGUUCACAGCUGGUGUGAAGCGUUCUCAACUUACCCGAGGACUUACGAUUUACUCCACGCUUGGGACAUCAUAUCUGAUAUAAGGAAGAGAAGUUGCAGUGCAGAGGAUUUGUUGUUGGAGAUGGACCGUAUACUUCGUCCAAGCGGUUUCAUACUCAUAAGAGACAAACAAUCCGUGAUCGACCUCGUGAAGAAGUAUCUCAAGGCUUUGCAUUGGGAAGCAGUUGAAACUAAGACAGCACCAGAAUCAGACCAAGACUCAGACAAUGUCAUACUCAUUGUCCAGAAGAAGUUGUGGUUGACAAGUGAAAGCCUCAGAGAUAUGGAGUGAUGAAUAAAGAAUGAGGUCAAAAACUGCCUCAAAACAUGAAAAAAAAAAACCAAAAAUCACAAUAGAUUUCUUGGGGAGAACCUAAUCGAAACAUACAACGAAGAAAAUUCGUUUUAUAGCGGCAAUUUUUUAACGUUCUUUUUCUCUUAAAAUCUUUCUUUCUUUUACAUAUUAUUCAUAUACAGUAUGUUGUUUGUCAUUGUUGGGUAGAGAUGACUUAAAGUUUCCUAUCAAUUUAAAACUCUUUUUUGGUGCAACUUAUGUAUUAAAUCGUCGA